UGUUCAUGCUGUGAACUUCUCUUUGGCUCAGAGAUUGUUCAGAGAAAUGGACUGAACUCAUAUCUGUCCUGGAGGAGCUGUGGUUCUGGGUCAAACUGAAGGAUGAGGAACUGGCAAACCGGCAGAGAGAUGCAGACGAGGAUGUACAGGAUUCACUUCAGCAGCAUGAUCACUGUAUGGCCUUGAGCAGUGAAUGGAUUGGUCGCAGACAUGUCAACAGAACUCUGAAUCAGACGUGUCCAUCGCUGGAAGUUCAACCUAAAACAAACAAAGACAAAAUAACUAGAGAAACGUCUGAAGAAACAGCGCAGGAUGAGAGUUUUCAUUCAUCUCGGCACUUCAGUUGGCAGCACGAGCUUGAGUGGGCACUGAGGAAACUUCAAGAGCUCCAAAAUGCCAUGGAGCACCUGGACCUGGACCUGGACUUGAAGUCUGGAGUGGAGUGGGGGUCGAAUGUGAACUUGUGAAGGUUGAGAAGAUGAAGGGGACUAUGGGUAAUCGGCGCAGACAGAUGGAAUGCUCUCGAAUGGAUAACAAAUGUUUGCUCCAUGACUUCUUGUCCGUUUCUGUUCAGUGCCCAUGGCAGAGAGCUGUUUUUCAAAAUGGCGUCCCAUAUUAUAUCAAUCAUGAGCAGCAGACCACGUCCUGGGACCAUCCUCAGAUGACACAACUAUUUCAGUCGAUGGUUGAUCUCAGUCAGGUCCGUUUCUCCGCCUACCGCACAGCCAUGAAGAGCCGUCGGCUUCAGAAAGCCCUUCGCUUGGAUCUUCUGGACCUCAGCGUAGCCCAGAGCGUCUUUGAUCAACACAAACUCUCUCAUAAUGAACAACUGCUAGAUGUUCCAGACAUCAUACACUGUCUCUGUACAAUCUAUAGAGAACUUCAGCAGGUUCACCCACAUCUGAUAAACGUCCCUUUAUGUGUGGAUCUGUGUCUCAACUGGCUUUUAAAAGUCUAUGAUUGUGACAGAAGUGGAAAAGUUCAGGUGUUGUGCAUGAAGAUCGGCUUGUUCUCUCUUUCAAAAGGACAACUGGAGGACAAGUACAAAUAUCUGUUCGCUCAGGUGUCCAGCGCUGCAGGUGUGUGUGACCAGAGGCAGCUGGCUGUACUGCUUCACACCAGCAUCAGAAUCCCACAUCAUCUCGGAGAGGCUGCGGCGUUUGGAGGCGGUAACACAGAGCCCAGCGUCCGUAGCUGCUUUCAGCAUGUAGGCGGUGCAGAGUUCAUCCAGCUGGAGCAGUUUGUGGAUUGGAUGCAUUUAGAGCCGCAGUCGAUGGUGUGGUUACCUGUGCUUCAUAGAGUCGCCGCAGCAGAAACGGCCAGACACCAGACCAAAUGUACCAUCUGUAAAGACUGCCCUAUGAUGGGCUUCAGGUAUCGAAGUCUAAAGCACUUUAACUUUAACGUGUGUCAGACGUGUUUUUUCUCGGGAAAGGUCAUCAAGGACCGUCAUCUCAGCUACCCCAUGGUGGAGUACUGCACCCCUACGACCUCUGGUGAAGACAUGCGUGAUUUCACCAAAGUACUCAAGAACAAGUUCCGCUCGAAGAAAUACUUCACGAAACAUCCCCGCCUGGGCUACCUGCCGGUGCAGACCAUUCUAGAAGAAGAGACGUGA